AUGGCUGCCCGCAAAAAGUUCGGGAUAAAUCAGUGCUGGACUAGAGAUGGCUGUGUGUAUGUCUUGGAUUCCACCGGCAAUCGUCACAAGGUAUUCACAGUUGGUGAUCUGGACGCCAUUCCUGGAAAAAGUUUUCCUGUCUUCACUCCUACCGAAGUCACAAGACAGGCUGUGACUCCUAAUGAGCCCCGGGCAAGACCCAAGCGUAACCACCGCAAUAAGUGA